GUGCCAGGAGCCUCUGAGACACACCAUCAACCUCCCAACCGCCAGCCACCCCGUCCAUCUUAUACGGGACGCUGCGUCGCGCCCCCGGCCUCUCCCCUCAUGCAACAGCGUAAAGAUAGCGACAAAACUGCCGGAAACAUGCUCUCCUUUACCCCGACACCCAUCUUUUCCGGCACAUGGGGCCAUCAUCGCCCGUCGGUCUCGUCGCCACUAUCAUCCUCUCCCAUUCGCGCGACGUCUCCCCUCUCCCCGAUUCACGAGAACACGCUCUCGCAGCGCCAGACGCAGUCGUCUCCCAUACAGCCUCCAAAAUUCAAGUACGCGGCGCGUCCGACGCGUCCGAAUCCCGUAGUUCGGAGACGCGAACUCGCACAAGAGUCAAGACGACACACGUUUUUGCAGAGCGUGCGCCAAAAAUCCGACGAUAGGGCAUGGCAAAGACGGGACAUUGAGGGCCAGUUUCUCAGAACAAGCUGGCUGGACGACCGUGGCCGCUUGGCGCGUGACGCGCCCGAUUUUACAGAGGCGGACAUCGACAACGCCAUGGCCUUUCACGAGGAAGUCGAGCAGCCACAUGAGAAUGACACGGUCAUGGACACGAAUCCGGAGGACGAGGAGCUCGAAGCCAUGCUAGCGUCCUACGAGCAACAGCAGCUCACACCUUCCCAACGGCCACCAUCUCCAACGCUUUCGGACGAAGACUAUGACGACAUCUUCGCCGAGCUGAUAUCACAAGAGCAGUCGCGGCCGGAGUUUUCACAAAACUCUUCUGACCAUAUGGAUAUGAGUUAAGCGUGUCUGUUUCCUUUCUGGGGACACGCGACAGGACCACAGAACAACGGCGUUUUGGGACGGGGCCUAAGGGGGUCACAGGCGUUUCUUGAUCUGCGUAUUGAGCGAUUACUUGUAUUUAGUACCUUCUGGUCGAUAUUGCACGGCAUUCGUGUACUCAAGAUGGCGCACAUGGGUAUCUGAGGGCAUGAGAUGUCCAAAAAACAAGGAAAUCUACUGUGGGUUGCACUGGUCGUCGGGCCCUGCGAACGCUUCUUGCGCCGAUGCC